AUGAAAGAAGACAGACCGGUAUACCCAUCUCAAUGGAACAGGCCAGAUGCCCUAGCCUUGUGGAAGGGCUGGGAAACGAGUUCCGGCAUCAAAAACCAUGAUUUACGAAAGUUGUCACUGGACUGUUUCCUCAACUUGAAAUGUUGCAAAGCCACAGCGAAAGGCCAUCCAAGGGAAAAGAGGUUAUUCUUCGAGAUAUCCGAAAAAUUCUCAUCGGGAAGACCAUUAUCCUCCCCUCGAGCUCGUGGCGGUGGCCGCGGUGGUGGGCAUGGGGGCCUGGGCAACCCUCAUGCCCCUGCCGCCGCCGCCGCGGCUCCGGCUGUUGCUGAUCCUGUUGCUGAUCCUAUUCCUGAUCCUAUUCCUGAUCCUAUUCCUGAUCCUAUUCCUGAUCCUAUUCCUGAUCCUAUUCCUGAUCCUAUUCCUGAUCCUAUUCCUGAUCCUAUUCCUGAUCCUAUUCCUGAUCCUGUUGCGAAUACUGCUGCUACUGGGAGCAUUUCCACUCCUGCUACUGCGAGCCCCGAUGGCCAGGAUCCUGCUAUGGAAGAUAAAUGA